CUUUUUUUAAUAAUGUCUCAAAAACCUUUAAUCGUCGUAGCCGGAGCUACUGGUUCUCAAGGCGGAUCCGUUGCCAAUGCACUUCUCGAUACAGGGCUUUACAGAGUUCGAGCAUUAACUCGUAAAACAGAUUCGGAUAAAGCGAAAGCUUUAGCAUCCAAAGGAGCUGAAGUAUUCAAAUGCGAUUUAUCUGUUAAAGAAAAUGUUAAAAAUGCCUUGAGCGGCGCUGAUAUUGCUUGGAUUGUUACUAAUUUCUUGGAUCCAUCGAUUUCCGGUGAAAAUCCUCAAGAAGAAGAAAGAAUUGGUAAAAUGAUCGCCGAUGUCGCUAAAGAAGUAGGACUUAACUGGUUAUUCUACAGUUCCCUUCCUGAUACUACUACUGGAUCUGGUGGGAAAUACUCUAAUAUUAUCGAAUUUGACGGUAAAAAUCGCGUAGAACAAUACAUUAGGAAAUUAGGGAUUCCAAACGUGACAUUUAUCUAUGUCUGUUUCUACAACCAAAAUUUUGCGACUGAAAUUGUACCUUUUAUUCCGAAUGAUAAGGGUGAAAUUGAAAUUGUUAUUCCUUAUGUGGAAGAAAAUGAUAGCAUUCUUUUGGUCGAUGUUGUAAAUGAUGCUGGUCCAAUUGUUGCGAAAGUUAUUGAGGAAGGACCUGCUAAAUGGAACGGUAGAAAAGUUCCCGUUGCCGCCGAAAAUGUUACUUUUAAACAUAUUACUGAUGUAUUGACCAAAGUUACUGGAAAAACUCAUAAAUUGAGAACCAUAAACGACGAAGAUAUCGCCAGAGAUUUUCCAUUCCUUGACAUCCCAUCAUUCAAAGAAAUGUUCAAAUGGUUUAAAGAAUACUAUUCCUUUGGACCAGACGAAGAACUUAAAGAUAUCUCGGUUGCUAAGAAACUACAUCCAAAAAUUAAAACAUUCGAGCAAUAUGCAGUUGAAACUUUUGGUAAAGCUUAAAUUAACAAAUGUUGUAUCAUCAAUUAUAUUAUCAAUUCUAUUGUAUUAUCAAUUAUUUUGUUAUUUAGCCAUUUUUAUUAUCUAUUGUAUUGUUUAUUGUAUUAUUUGAAAUUUAAAUAAAUUUUUC